AUGAAGCGGAGCCAGGUACUUCAUCUUUUGACACGAGGCAGUCAUGAGCUCGUCUGGUAUACCGCAACGACUAGUUAUAUAUUCCGACGACAAGUACAAAGGCAAGCGCCCAGCCGAUUUGAGAAACAAAGACCCAAGACCCGGUACUUUGACCGUGAAUCUGUUCCAACGGUUUCAUACGACAAUUGUGUGCGGUGCAAGGGCUACACAUCUCUAAGACGACGCAACCAGCACCCUCUAUUCCGAUAUUCGGUUGUAUCAUUCUUUGAGGAAGCUAAGAGGGCUAACAGCUAA